AUGGGUUACAAAGAACCGACACCCAUACAAGCCCAAGGUUGGCCCAUAGCUAUGUCUGGGAAAAACCUCGUUGGAAUUGCUCAGACUGGAUCUGGAAAAACUUUGGCUUAUAUUUUGCCUGCUAUUGUGCAUAUUAACAAUCAACCACCAAUAAGGCGUGGGGAUGGCCCUAUUGCCCUUGUAUUGGCUCCUACAAGAGAGUUGGCGCAACAAAUUCAACAAGUCGCCUGUGACUUUGGAAAUGCAGCUUACGUGCGCAACACGUGUGUAUUUGGCGGUGCCCCGAAAAGAGAGCAAGCGCGUGAUUUGGAAAGGGGAGUAGAAAUUGUCAUAGCAACACCAGGCAGGCUUAUUGAUUUCUUAGAGAGGGGAACUACCAAUUUACAGCGCUGCACAUAUCUAGUGCUGGAUGAAGCUGACCGUAUGUUGGACAUGGGUUUCGAACCCCAGAUUCGAAAGAUCAUUGAACAAAUUCGUCCUGAUAGGCAGACCCUUAUGUGGUCAGCUACCUGGCCUAAAGAAGUGAAAAAAUUGGCUGAAGAUUAUUUGGGUGACUAUUUACAAAUAAACAUUGGGUCACUACAGCUAUCCGCAAAUCAUAAUAUUCUACAAAUUGUUGAUGUUUGCCAAGAACAUGAGAAAGAAAACAAGUUAAAUGUGUUGCUGCAAGAAAUUGGCCAAAGCCAAGAGCCUGGUACAAAAACUAUAAUAUUUGUUGAAACUAAGAGAAAAGUUGAAAAUAUUACUAGAAAUAUCAGACGUUUUGGCUGGCCAGCUGUAUGUAUGCAUGGAGAUAAAACACAGCAAGAACGAGAUGAUGUCCUUUAUCAAUUUAAACAAGGGCGAGCCAGCAUUCUUGUUGCCACUGAUGUUGCUGCCAGAGGACUAGAUGUGGAUGGUAUUAAAUAUGUUAUAAACUUCGAUUAUCCCAACUCUUCGGAAGAUUACAUUCACCGGAUAGGUAGAACUGGGCGCUCAAAAUCAAAAGGCACCUCAUAUGCUUUCUUUACGCCUUCCAACUCUCGUCAAGCUAAAGACCUUGUCAAUGUUUUACAAGAAGCUAAUCAGACUAUCAGUCCACAACUGCAAACAAUGGCUGACCGUUGUGGUGGUGGUGGUGGAGGAUGGAACAGGAACAGAUACGGCAGUGGACGUGGAGGUGGUUCCUUUAGACGCGGAUCUAAUUUUGGCAGGAGCAAUGGACAAGCUGGGGGAGCCGGACACAAGAGAUUUAACGAUUAU